AUGCCCGACGCACAAAGAAGAGCGCGACUCAUCUUACCUGCGUCGGUCGCGCCGGAUGGAACACGUAAGGCGCUGAUGCGUACGUACCACACGGGAGGCACGAGCGGUGGCACGACGGAGCCUCGGUCAAAGUCAUGCUCGUUGAGACAACUCCCGCCUGACCUUGAAAGGAAGCUUCGAAGCUCAACUAUCGUGACCUCUGUCGGGCAGCUGGUGGAGGAGCUAGUGUGCAACUCCAUAGACGCCGGGGCGCAUGAUGUGUCGGUCGUCAUCGAUACGGGCUCUACAUUAUCGGUCACCGUGUCCGACGACGGUUGUGGCAUGAGUGUCAAGGACGUAAAGUUGGUUGCAACGAACCGACAUCACACUUCCAAAAUACACUCCAUUUCAGAUCUCGGAGGAAGUUUGCGCACCCUCGGCUUCAGGGGCGAGGCACUGGCAUCCAUAGCAGAAUUUUGCGUGCUACAAGUAACGACCAGAGCUGCAGGAAGCUUCGAGACGUUCAGCAAGAUAUGUUCAAAGGUGGGAGGUCUCACUUUGUUUGUUCGGACCAGUCACCACGUUCAGAAUCUAACAUCUCGUUCGCCUCAGGGACAAACGCUGUCAUGUGGACCAGCGCGAAACCAACUCACUAAGGCUGGCACCAUCGUUGCUUGUAAGGACUUGUUUUACACUCAUCCGGUCAGGCGUGGAGUCAUCAGACGGAAUAUCGCGAAACAGCUGGAGGACACUCGCGUCAGACUUUACCGCCUUGCCCUCAUUCACCCUGAAGUUGGAUUUUUGCUGAAAGAUGUGGGAGCUAGACACGAUGUGCUCCGCGCUUUGCCGGGUCGGUCUCUACUCUCCAUAUUAUCAGAUGCUUUUGGAAAGUUUAUCGCAUCCAAGCUAAUUCCUCUGAGCAACAUUAUCGGUGAGUUUCGUUUGACUGGCUACGUGACUGCUGCAACCUCCGAAACCAGCCUUCCAUCGUCGGAGCUGCAGUUUUUUUAUGUGAACCGCCGCUUCGUUCGCCGCACACUUCUACACAAUGCAGUCAGCAAAGCGUUCGCAUUGGCAUGCGCAUCGCUAGACAGUACCACUCAUGGAUGCCCUGGAUACGUUCUUUGCCUUGAAUGUCCCCCAGACGCGUACGAUAUCACAUUUGACCCAGAGAAGACAUUGAUAGAGUUUACAGACUGGAAAACCCCCCUUGACCUGUUGAAGAGCGCCUUGAAGCAGGUCUGGCCUCACGACGACGGCUCAAAUAUCACCACUCCCCUGCUGCGGACGUUACCAACGACCCCUCCGCCUAACAUACCCACAUAUCGAACUUCUCAUGAGCUUACCCCAGAUGCUCUAGGGAUGCAUCCCCAAAGCCCACCAUCUCCUCCUCAUGACUUUGGACUUGGUGAAUGCGUGUGUUGCCCACCCAGUCGUCGCAGACGUCAGACGUUCGCACUCCAAUCUAGUGCAUAUGAAGAUGCCUCUCCACCUAUCUGCCAAAUGGUUGAACCUUUCGAAGAUGCGCCAGCUCUUUCUGCUCCUGUAGUGGAGGAAGGAGGGGGCAGUAUCACGGACCUCUUAGCAGACUGGAAAAGAAGGCGUGCAGAUCGAGACCUAAACGUCAUGGAGACUGUGCCUGUGGCUGAAAUAUCCCGUAAUUUGUUGGACGACGCGAAGGUUUUGACCCAAUGGGGCAAAAAGUUUAUCUUGGCCAUGAGCGCUUCAGGUGACCUUCUCGCUAUCGAUCAGCACGCGGCGGAUGAGCGCAUCCUUUUGGAGCAACUGAGAGCAUCCCUAAUCAGAUCGGUCGAUCAUAGGGGAAAGCUCCAUACAUAUUCUCCAGCUUCUCCAAUGCCAACCACAGUUCUUGGUCGUUCGCAACCGUGCUUACUGACCGCAUCUGAGCUUGCAAUACUACGGGCCAAUUCCUCCCUAGUGUGGAGCUGGGGCUGGCGAUGGGAGGACGUUGCCAAUUGCGAUGGUGAUACCGAUGAAGGAGUAAAACUAACGGGACUUCCAACGGUUGAGGGCACCAUGCUUGGUGCGGAUGCCUUGGCGGAGUACCUGCGGCAGGUUUCAGUCACCGGGCCGACAUCGGCUCCGCCACCGGCACUUCACCGUCUGCUUGCUUCGAAGGCGUGUCGCAGCGCGAUCAUGUUUGGGGACAACUUGGGUCAGGAUGAGUGCGUUGCCCUUCUCGGCUCGCUGACACGCACGGAACUUCCGCUCCACUGCGCUCACGGGAGACCAACAUCGGUUAUGCUAGCGCCAAAUCUUACUUCUGGCAGCAGUGGCCCGAGGAAAGUUGCCACAACAAGGAAGCAAAGGCUUGUGCAGCGGGCGUGGGACACACUAAGCUCAUGA